AUGACCCAUAAACCAAAUGGUAGUUUACGUGUCGGCAGCCAAAAAAUCAAAAGUAAGCCAAAGACUGCUUUAAAGCAGGGAACUUUGAGCUUCUUAUUUAAUGCAAAAAGAACUCCACCUGAAAAGUCUCAUCAAAAGCCAAUUGCGGAUUUCAAGGCUGAAGCAAAUGUCUCUAAGGACAUUCAGAGUUCUGCUAAUAAGCGUGAACUUCUUACGUUAAGACCUUCGCUUUUCGUUUCUCAGGGAUCUUUCGAUGAAGAAUCAAACCAGGAAUAUAUCUCCUCGCUCUUGAAGGAUACGCCUCUCAAAAAUUUCAAGUCUCCGUUAGCGGUAGAGAGGGAUUUAAGCUUUGAUUCACGGGACGCGCAUGUAAAACAUGCGUGUAAAGUUACCAAAGAAGUAGUGCGUGCGAAAGUUGGCCCAGGAAAGCCCACGCGUGUUUCACUAAGAUCUGAGAUAAAGGGAUUUUUUGAUGGUCCUAAGACCCAAGGAGGGCUACAUUUUACGAAGAAGGCAUUAGCUCCUGCAUUACCGAGAAGACCUGUACAACCUGACGUCAAGCAUCGGACUUUAGCGACCUUUGGUGGUGAUGACGUUACACUGAGCAGCGAACAGCAAGCCGUGAAAGAUCUAGUGAUGUCAGAACGACUGAACAUAUUUUUCACCGGUAGCGCUGGUACAGGGAAAUCUGUUCUACUACGCAGCCUUAUUAAAUCCUUAAAAGCUAUCCAUGGACCUGAUGCCGUUGCGGUUACUGCAUCCACGGGCCUUGCUGCAGUUGACAUAGGUGGCAUAACGCUUAAUAGGUUCUCAGGCUUCGGCAUAGGCAAUAGGCCACCUGAAAAACUACUGGAAAUGGUUAAAAAGAAGAGAGACUCAUGUGAGCGUUGGAAGCGGACCCGUGUACUUAUCGUAGAUGAGAUUUCUAUGAUAGAUGGAAGGCUUUUAGAUAAGCUGGACUACGUGGCACGAGGCGUAACAAACAAACCGAACGUACCGUUCGGCGGCAUACAAGUGGUUUUCUCCGGUGACUUUUACCAGCUACCGCCGGUUCCAGACCGCAAUCCAGGCGCGCCUAAGCCUUUGUUUGCGUUCGAAAGUAAUGCAUGGAAACAAGCAAUCCAGAAAACAGUUUGCCUGCAUCAAGUGUUCAGGCAGAAAGACAAUGAAUUGAUUGCUCUCCUGAAUGCCAUAAGGCUCGGUGAAGUCACGCCGAAGGUUAUUAAUAUGAUUCGAGGCUUGCAGCGCGACAUCGACUGUCCCGACGGAAUCGAGCCUACAGAACUUUAUCCAACUAGACAUGAAGUAGAGCUCGCAAACAACAGGAGAUUAGAUCGCUUGCCUGGCUUCUCAAUGACUUACGACGCACAGGAUCGAGGAAGUCUUGCAGAGAAGUAUCCUUCCUAUUUCGAUAAUGUAAUGGCAAAGAAGAAGCUUGUGCUGAAGGAAGACGCCCAGGUCAUGAUGCUCAAGAAUGUAGAUGAUACCCUCGUCAACGGUUCAAUGGGCAAAGUGCUCUUCUUCACAACUCCAAACCUGUGGCGCUAUAUUGAGACUUUCCGCAAGCAUUCAAUGGACGCCGAGUUCAUCCAGGACAUGAGGCUCAUCACCAGAGCCAUCGGGGUCCCAGAGGUAUGCAGACCUGACGAACUACAGCAGGAAAUACUUCGCCGCUCUUCCCAAGCAAAACCGUAUUUCAAUCAGCUUUUAUUAAAAGCCCCCAUGGAACAAUGUGCUUCCCUCUUGCCUGUCGUAAGGUUCGCCGUCUCUAGAAAUGGCUACAGGUAUGAGCUAGUGGACCAUGACGAAUUUCCAGUGGAAAUCACAGUCGCGCAAGGUGGAGAGGAUUCUGUAAGAGUACAAUUACCUCUCCUACCCUGUUGGGCACUUUCCAUACACAAGGCGCAAGGCCAAACUAUUAAUAGACUACGCGUCGACUUAAAACGUAGUUUCGAAGCGGGACAGGUUUAUGUCGCUCUAUCACGAGCCGUCCAUAAGGACCAAUUACAGAUACUGAAUUUCAAUCCAACCACCAUUAGAACCACUUCUAAGGUACAGCAUUUCUACAAUAGCAUUCAAGCCCUAGAAGCUGCACAAGCUUCUCUUUGA